AUGUUCCUAGCGACCCUGUACUUCGCGUUGCCGCUCCUGGACUUGCUCCUGUCGGCGGAGGUGAGCGGUGGAGACCGCCUGGACUGCGUGAAAGCCAGCGACCAGUGCCUGAAGGAGCAGAGCUGCAGCACCAAGUACCGCACGCUGAGGCAGUGCGUGGCGGGCAAGGAGACCAACUUCAGUCUGGCGUCCGGCCUCGAGGCCAAGGACGAGUGCCGCAACGCCAUGGAGGCCCUCAAGCAGAAGUCACUCUACAACUGCCGCUGCAAGCGGGGCAUGAAGAAGGAGAAGAACUGCCUGCGCAUCUACUGGAGCAUGUACCAGAGCCUGCAGGGAAAUGACCUGCUGGAAGAUUCCCCAUAUGAACCUGUUAACAGCAGAUUGUCCGAUAUAUUCCGGGUGGUCCCAUUCAUACCAGAUGUUUUUCAGCAAGUGGAGCACAUACCCAAGGGGAACAACUGCCUAGAUGCUGCCAAGGCCUGCAACCUCGACGACACAUGCAAGAAGUACAGGUCUGCGUAUAUCACCCCCUGCACCACCAGCAUGUCCAAUGAAGUCUGCAACCGACGCAAGUGCCACAAGGCCCUCCGGCAGUUCUUCGACAAGGUUCCCGCCAAGCACAGUUACGGGAUGCUCUUCUGCUCCUGCCGGGACAUCGCCUGCACCGAGCGCAGGCGGCAGACCAUCGUGCCUGUGUGCUCCUAUGAAGAGCGGGAGAAGCCCAACUGUUUGCAUUUGCAGGACUCCUGCAAGAUGAAUUACAUCUGCAGGUCUCGCCUUGCAGAUUUUUUUACCAACUGCCAGCCGGAGUCAAGGUCUGUCAGCAGCUGUCUGAAGGAAAACUAUGCUGACUGCCUCCUCGCCUACUCAGGGCUUAUUGGCACCGUCAUGACCCCUAACUACAUCGACUCCAGCAGCCUCAGCGUGGCCCCAUGGUGUGACUGCAACAACAGUGGGAACGACCUUGACGAGUGCCUGAAGUUUUUGAAUUUCUUCAAGGACAACACGUGUCUUAAAAAUGCCAUUCAAGCCUUUGGCAAUGGCUCCGAUGUGACUGUGUGGCAGCCAGCCUUCCCAGUACAGACCACCACUGCCACCACCACCACAGCCUUCCGGGUCAAGAACAAGCCCCUGGGGCCACCAGGGUCCGCGAAUGAAAUUCCCACUCACGUGUUACCACCUUGUGCAAACUUACAGGCACAGAAGCUGAAAUCUAAUGUAUCAGGCAGCACACACCUCUGUCUUUCUGAUCGUGAUUACGAAAAGGAUGGUCUCGCUGGUGCUUCCAGCCACAUAACCACAAAAUCAAUGGCUGCUCCUCCAAGCUGCAGCCCGUGCCCACUGCUGGUCCUGGUGGUAACAGCCCUAUCCACCCUGUUAUCUUUAUCUUUGGCAGAAGUGUUGUAGCUGCAUUUACAAGACAACACGGACAUGUAAAAAGACAAAAAUCAAGUUAUCUGUUUCCUCUCUUCUUGUAUAUCUGAAAUUCCAGUUUUAGGAGCUCAGUUGAGACACUGUUAAAAUGGUUUCAUCCAACUGGAAUUUUUUUUUUUUUUUUAAAGAAAGCUUCUUGUGAUACUUAGGGGCUUCUGUAGCAUACUUGAUGCAGUGCUAUAUUCCAAACACAGAAGGCUUUAGGGCAUGCUGUAUUCUGAAGGGACAGUCUGUAAUCUGGGUGGUGAAACCAGCUGGGGUGAUGCUGCUGCUGCCGAGGAUUUGAAUAGUUUAAAUCUGGCCCUUCCUAGCUAGAGAAUGACUUAGUAUUUCUAAAGAAUCUUCCGUAUCUCACGCAAUGGCUUUGAUUUCUAAGGACAGAAACUGCAGCCUAUCGUGGGCGCUAAGCUUUUUUGUCACAAAGCGAAGAGUCUCAUCGAGAGUAGGCUUUGUGAAAACAAGCUUGUACUGACGUUCACCGUGCUGUACGUACUCGCAUUUUCCUCGCCGAAGUUUAUGUACUGUAAACAGCUCUGCGCUCUCCGGAAAACAAAACAAAAAAACACCUGUCACCUCCAAAUGUAAUGUCUGUUUUGUAGUCAAAACAGACAGAGAGAGUGGGCUUGAAACGCCGCAGUAUCUUGAUCAUUGAACAAUGCUCUCCUAAGCCUUAGCUGAGUGAGAAGCCCUUAAACUAACACAAGUCAAAUAUAGCUGAAGCUUCACUCUAAUACUCUUUACACUUACGAGGUUAUAUGUAGAAAAAAAUUUUACUACUAAAUGAUUUCAACUAUUGGCUUUCUAUAUUUUGAAAGUAAUGAUAUUGUCUUCAUUUUUUUACUGAUGGUUUAAUACAAAAUACCUAGAGCUCGUUUUCCUCACAGUAAGUAGCAUUAUCUCUGAUCUUAACUUUACAAACAAAACUCUUCAAAAGCAGACUCCAAGGGGUCUUGUGCUGUAGCAGAAAACUCUGUAUCACAUUACUGUGGACAGGCAGGAGGAAACAGAGCAGCCCUGGCUUGGUCUUCUGACAUUUCUAGAAACGCAAGCAUGCAUACCUGUGAGGAAAAUGGCGGCCAUUGGUAAAUGUUUGGAAACGUGUAAUGGCACCCUUGCCAGUUAACAGGACCCAGUACCCUGGUAUUCAUGAUACCUGACAAAGGUAGCUUUGACUCGGGUGGGAGGGUGGGGUGUUGCUCUCUCUUUCGAAGUAGAUCUAUCCCAGGGUCCACAAUUCUUUCCUAAGGAUUGUCAUUACCCCCAACUCGAUGGCACGGUCCCUGUUUUAGAGCAGUUUGGUGUAAAGAUCGUCAAGAAUCUCCUCGCAUUAUGUUGCAUGUCCUCCAUGACAGAUUGUGAUCAUGCAAGAAAGAAAGAAGGUUCAUGGAUUAAGACAGUCAAUCUUAGAUGGAGAUGAGUUGGUUGGCUCAGAUCAACAGAACAGCAACAGGACGCUUGUUAUAAGGCUUGUGCUUUAUUAGCUGUGUUAACUACACACCAUCUUCCAUUGUUCUCUUCCUUAAAGGAAUAUAUCCUAAAGUGCACUUUUGAAGCCUGGUUUUUGAUGGCAAGAUGUAGAUUCUACAAAGAUUGAGUACUAACGUCAUGUUUUUCCUAAAGUGGAUAAAGAGAAGAGAUGGCACCUUAAUAGAGUGCUCAGAAGCACUAGCUUUCCUCCACAUUAGUAGAGGAGUUGGAGCGGGAAAUCCGUGGUGCACAUUUCAUGUUGGUCCCCUUUGCCCAGUGAUGUUUUCCUUGUAAGAAUUAAUCAAAUUACUGAGAGAAAAGUCUAUUAAGUCCCAGAUAAAGGCAUUGUCUUUUAGCUCUAUUGGUGUUUGAAGUGCGUUUAUAUCCAAAUGUUAAUAGACACAAAUGUGUAAUACUAAGUGCCACCGUUUUUCAGUUCAAAAUGUUUUCAAGGAAAAUUCAUCAAACGUCCAACUGUAUUUGAUCAGUGGAAAGUUUCGUAAAGCUCUUCCUUUGAAUAAACACGUUAAGUGUGUCAAAAUAUCUGAGAUGCUAGUCAUCUAUGACAGCCUAUCUGUGACAGAGCAUAUUUCGUUUUAAUUAAGGUAUCUCUGUGUGUCUAUACUGGACUAAUUACAUACGGGCUUGAUUCUUUGUGAUCCCCUGAAGAAAGCUAUUGAUUAUUUCUGCACUAAACAGUGACUCUAAUUAGCUUCAGAUGACCAGAGAGGAAAUGGGAGCUAUCAGCCCUAACAAGGGUAGCCUUCAGUGAUGAGUGCAUGCAUGUGCAACACAAAUUAAAUUUUGAAAAGUCUCAUCUAUCACCAACAAAGAUCUCAUUUUUCUUCAGAGAUAAAAGCAUAUUAGAGUUACCAAAUCCUCAAUUCGAAAAUAAAUUGUUAAAUAAACAGGGGGAAGGACAUUCAGUGGCAACACUUUAGAGAGGUUCUUAGAGAAUCCUGGCAAGCAAGUGUGUCUGCCAUUCAGUGUGGUGCCAGUGUGACACCAUUAUUUGCACCAAGACCAGAGGAGGCAAAUGAUUCCAGUCAUUCACCUAUCUGACUUCUUCCAUGGUGGGCUAAGAAAGCAAAAAUGGUUCACUACUUCCUGUCCUUUGCUCCCCACAUUCAGGGUGUCCCCAAAUACAAGGGGUGUAUGCCAGGGUUUGAGCCUUUCACAGAAAGCAUCUCGUCCUAGUUGAUUUUAAUAAAACCAAGACAGUAACUUAUGUCCAUGUAGAACAGGACUUCCCAGAUCAAGUCCAGCUACGCCCUACUGAUUUCGUGAAAAAAAGAAAAUGGCAAUUUUGCCAAACUGAUUAGAAGCACAUUUAUUCCGCUUUGGUGGUGAAUAUCUUUGACCAACCUAUGUUUGAGUGUCUUUUGAAUAGAGCACACGAAGGAGGACGUGCACAAUAGAGAGAGGGGUUGCUGAAU